AUGAUCAUUAAAACACUGGCCUUUGCGACUCUACUGCUAGAUGCAGUACAUGCGAAGAACAAGGACGGCUCGGAUUCAAGAUACGACUUCGUCAUUGUUGGCGGGGGAACAAGUGGAUUGGUGGUUGCCAAUAGACUAUCAGAACUGAAAGGUGUCUCUGUGGCAGUUAUUGAGGCCGGAGAUUCAGUCCUCAACAGUCACAAUGUGUCAACCGUUAAUGGAUACGGGCUAACUUUUGGAUCAGAUAUCGACUGGGCUUUCCAGACCGAAAACCAAACAUACGCCGGCGGAGCAAGACAGACGAUGAGAGCCGGAAAGGCUAUAGGUGGAACAAGCACGAUAAAUGGAAUGUCCUAUACUCGAGCACAGAACGUGCAGAUUGAUGCGUGGGAGGUAUUUGGAAAUAAGGGAUGGAAUUGGAACAGCCUCCUGCCGUAUUAUAAGAAGUCAGAGGGUUUUGAGGUUCCAGAUCCUGAUCAGAUUGCACAUGGUGCCGAUUAUUACAUCAGUUAUCAUGGACAGGACGGUCCGAUGAAGGUUGGCUGGCCACACUUUAUGACCAAUAGCAGCAUGCUUCCAAUACUCGACGAAACAUUCAAACAACUCGGUGUUCCCUAUAACCGUGACGUGAAUGGUGGCAAUAUGGUUGGGCUCACGGCUCAUCCUGACACGAUCGACAGAGAAGCCAAUGUUCGUCAUGAUGCUGCUAGAGCUUACUACUGGCCUUAUGAAAGCCGCUCCAAUCUCAAGAUCAUCUCAAACACAUAUGCGAACAAGAUUAUUUGGUCCGAUACAAAUCUUACCCAGGCUGUCGCCAUUGGAGUUGAAGUUAAUGGCCCUGAUGGAGUUGAAACAGUAUACGCCUCGAAAGAAGUGAUUCUAUCGGCUGGUGCGUUGAAAUCACCCAUGCUUUUGGAGUUGUCGGGAAUCGGAAACCCCAAUAUCCUGCAAAAAUAUGACAUCCCUGUCAAAGUGAACCUUUCUACGGUCGGAGAGAACUUGCAGGACCAGACAAACAAUGGUCUCGCCUAUCAAGGAAAAGAAUUCUGGCUCGGUCUGCCGACUUUUUCAGUUCUUCCAUCAGCAAACCAGAUGUACGGAACAAAUGUUGGCGCUGUUGCUUCCGCAAUCAACUCCAGCCUCGUAACUUACGCCAAAGAUGUGUCUGAUUUCUCAAACGGCGCGGUCACUCAAGCGAAUCUUCUAUCUGCUUUCCAACUUCAGUAUAACUUGAUCUUCAAGUCUCAAGUUCCCUUUGCAGAGAUUGUUCUCCUUCCAUUCGGACAUUCAUUUUCUAGUGAAUACUGGCCUCUUCUCCCUUUCUCCAGAGGCAAUGUCCACAUCAACUCCGCAAAUCCCAGUGACCCAGCUUCUAUUAACCCGAACUACUUUAUGUUCAAAGAGGAUCUGAAUGUACAGGUUGAUGUGGCCCGGUACAUCCGCAAUGCGUUCCGCAUUGAACCUCUGAAGGACCUCGUUGGAGACGAGUUUGAGCCAGGACUGGAAAAUCUUCCAGAUAACUCAUCAGGUGCUGCCUGGGAAAACUGGGUCAAAUCAAGCUAUCGAACAAAUUUCCACCCUGUUGGUACUGCUAGCAUGUUGCCUCGGGAAAAGGGUGGCGUUGUCAGCCCUGAACUGAAGGUCUAUGGUACCAGCAAUGUCCGGGUGGUUGAUGCUUCUAUCAUACCCUUCCAGAUCUGUGGCCACUUAACAAGUACUCUCUAUGCCGUGGCUGAAAAGGCUUCGGACAUUAUCAAGAAACAAUAUUCGCCACCUGCAUAG